AAACCUCUAAAUCGUCCCUAGUGAGAGUGGGACGUCAAUCUGGAUUUCUAACUGCUCGUAAGACAUUUGUACUUGGAUAUAGUGUUUCAAGAGAUGGCCCUUUCAGUUUGUCUUGAAAGUUGAGUUGAGAAACUUUCCUCAUUCUUUCCUUUGUAUCAUCAUUACCUUUCUCGUUCCCGUUGUUGUUGCCACUGAAGACCAGACCCACAUCACCUUAAAGCCCGGUGACUAGGUGUCCUCCUAUUUGUUUUCCUGGUCUCCAGUCAUUUAACCCCUUCAGAUCCUUCCUACCAAGUCCUGUGAUGGGCACACAGUAGGUGUCCCAUAUAUGUAAUUAAAUACUGUUAAAGACUUCAUCCAUCGAGUAAGUAUAUAAGGCUGGAUGAGUAAUUCAGAAAUAUUAAUGUCAUCUUCUAAUCACUUCCAUAGCCCUUUAGGCGUCGCACUACUUACUUUUUAUCAUCAUAUCACCUCUCCGUGAAAAGGUAGGUCGGAGGGCAUCAUUUUACAGACGAAUCAACUAAGGUCCCUAGGUUAAGAGACCUUAAGGUGCUGGUAGAAAGAUUUGGAGAGCGCACCCAGCACCUGGCUCUUAUAUCAGAACUAGGGGGCUGUCGACCGCCCCCACACAGUCUAGUUUCCGAUACUUACUCUUAAACUUAAGGGCGCAUAACAAUCACCUAAGGCUCACCCCUGUUUCUCCGAUUCGGUAGGUCCAGGUGGGCCGGCGAGUCCAUUUUUCAAACAAGCCCCCCGCCCCACGGUGAUGCAGGCGCCCUGGGAGCCGCGCCCUGAAAGGCAGCUCAAAACCGGCUGACUUCACAAACGGCCUCCCGCCGUCUACCCCCGGCAGCCACCAAUGCCCAGGCUCCGGGCGGACCCAUCUCUGCACCCGUCCGCCUGCCCCACCCAACAGGCCCGGGUCGACUGCAGGCGGACUUCGGUCGGAUGUAGACCCGGGAGCUGAAGUGCGACGGCCAGCCACUACCUGUCUUCUACUUUGGCCAGCCACAGACACCCGUGGGCACCCGAUUCCGGUACCCAGGAGCCUGUAAGGCGGCCGCCGGUUGGCUCAGCUCGGCACUGCUUGGCCAGAGAGCUUCCAAAGAUUUCGAGGAUUGGCUGAAGCUCCGGGCGCCGCGGCCAAUUGGCGGAUAGGGUCGCUAUCUGAGGGGCGGGUUCCGCCUGGGCCCCGCCUCCCUCGGCCGCCCCCUCUGCCACUCCCUCCGCUCCACAUCCGGUUCCGUCUGCCACGCACCUGGAGGUUCCUCGGGGCGUCUCACUUUUCACCUGCACCGGGUGGAAUUACCCCAGCUGCCAUCCUGGAUCCCUUUCCCUCUGCCCUGCCAGGGCUCUGUUGCUCCAAAGUUGAAUUUGGGGCAAGAGGGGCGCACCGGAGCUCAGCUGUCCUUGCACCCUGCGGCAGCUGCAGCAAGCCACACGGCAGCCUCUGUGAGCGCUGGACACUGCGCAGGCACCGGGAGAACAUGUCUGACGAUGCGACCAGGACCCUAGGGAAAGGGAGCGUCCGCCCAGGGCCGGUCCCAGAGGGCCUGAUCCGCAUCUACAGCAUGAGGUUCUGCCCCUACGCGCACAGGACGCGCCUGGUCCUCCGGGCCAAAGGCAUCAGACAUGAAGUUGUCAACAUUAACCUGAGAAACAAGCCUGAAUGGUACUUUACAAAGCACCCUUUUGGCCAAAUUCCUGUCCUGGAGAACAGCAAAUGUCAGCUGAUCUAUGAAUCUGUCAUCGCUUGUGAGUACCUGGAUGACGCUUAUCCUGGGAAGAAGCUGUAUCCAUACGACCCUUAUGAGCGAGCUCGCCAGAAGAUGCUACUGGAGCUAUUCUAUAAGGUCCCACAUUUGACCAAGGAGUGUCUGGUAGCAUUGAGAUGCGGGAGAGAAUGCUCUGAUCUGAAGCUAGCCCUGCGUCAGGAGUUCUGCAAACUGGAAGAGAUUCUUGGCUAUCAGAACACCAUCUUCUUUGGUGGAGACUGUAUAACCAUGAUUGAUUACCUCUUCUGGCCCUGGUUUGAGCGGCUGGAUGUAUAUGGAAUAGCCGACUGCGUGAACCACACCCCCGCACUCCGGCUCUGGAUCGCUGCCAUGAAGCAGGACCCCACAGUGUGCGCUCUUCUUAUAGAUAAGAACAUCUUCCUGGGCUUCUUGAAUCUCUAUUUUCAGAACAACCCUGAUGCCUUUGACUACGGGCUAAGCUGCUGCGCCUCCUAGCCCGCCCCAUUCACCAGCCAGGAGUACCAAGCCUGUCGUAAUUCUGUGUCAGCUCUCGUUUUGGUGGGGCAGCCAAUCUCUGUUCAUUUUCAUUGAGGUUCCCAAUAAACAUGGAGCCAGAAAA